AUGGAUAAUCCCAAUGGGGCAAAUCCUAAUGCGCCCCCGCCUUUUGAUCUCGAGAAACUAAGAAAAGAGUCUGAUGGUUCCAUGUCUGGCAUGGCCACUAACCUUUUCCAUCAAGUGGUCCAGGGAAAUCCUUAUUUCGCUGCCGGCGGUGGACUUAUGGUUCUUGGAUCUUGUUUAGCCCUUACGAGAUCGGCCGUUAUAAGAGUAAGCGGACUUCUAUACCGUCAAUUAUUGGUAGACAUGGAAAUUCCAUCAAAGGACAAAUCGUACCUGUGGUUUCUGGAAUGGAUGGCCAAACAUCCGCAUCGCUCUUCAAGGCACCUUUCCGUCGAGACUAAUUUUAUUCAGCAUGAUAACGGUGCCGUGUCAACCAAGUUUUCGCUUGUCCCGGGUCCUGGUAAUCAUUUGAUUAGGUAUAAGGGUGCUUUUAUGCUCAUAAAACGCGAGAGAUCUGGUAAAAUGAUUGAUAUGACUAAUGGAGCUCCAUUCGAGACUGUUACUCUCACAACUCUUUAUAGAGAUCGGCUACUCUUUCGCGACCUGUUGAGUGAUGCCAAAAACUUGGCUGUGAAAGCCAAAGAUGGCAAGACUGUCAUUUUUACAUCAUGGGGUCCUGAAUGGAGACCAUUCGGCCAACCUAAGGCCAAGCGAUUAUUACCUUCUGUUAUCUUGGAUAAGGGUAUCAAGCAAAACAUUUUGAAAGACGUUAAGGAAUUCUUGCAGAAUGGUAAGUGGUAUUUCGAACGCGGUAUUCCUUACAGAAGAGGAUACCUUCUAUAUGGACCUCCGGGGAGUGGCAAAACGAGUUUCAUACAGGCGUUAGCUGGAGAACUGGAUUAUAACAUCUGUAUCAUGAAUUUGUCAGAAGCCAAUCUAACCGAUGAUCGUCUGAAUCACCUCAUGAAUAACAUACCGGAAAGAAGCAUUUUACUGCUGGAAGAUAUUGAUGCUGCGUUCAAUAAAAGAUCCCAGUCAUCAGAGGCUGGCUUUCAAUCGGGUGUAACGUUUAGCGGACUACUGAACGCCCUUGACGGAGUUGCGUCAUCCGAAGAAACUAUCACUUUCAUGACCACCAAUCAUCCAGAGGUUUUGGAUCCUGCCAUAAUGAGACCAGGCAGAAUCGAUUACAAAGUAUUUGUCGGCAAUGCCACUCCAUACCAAAUUGGUGAAAUGUUUAUGAAAUUUUAUCCAGGUGAAGAGAAAUUUUGCCAAUCAUUUGUUGAAAAGGCGACCUCUCUUGAUGUCUCUAUAAGUACAGCCCAACUACAGGGUUUGUUUGUUUUCAACAAAGAUGCACCAGAGUCUGCGCUGAAAAUGGUUGAGACCUUGAAGUUUCCAAACCAUGUUUUUUAA